CCCUCCUGCCUUUUUCCCAUGCUACUCAUUCUGGCCCAAGAAGUCGGUUUCUUUCGUCUAGAAAUCAAGCUUUCUCGUUGUUGCUCAUGCUUUCACGCGUCAACCUUCUCUACCUUUCUGCAUACUGUGAUGGGUACCCUUUAGAGCAUUCGUCCGGCUAGACGUGUAUGUACGUACCCCCCGCGCCACAAAAUACGGCCAAAUAUGUUUGUUCCGUGUAUCUCACCAUGUACUUCGUGGAUCCUCACAAUGAUCAAGUCGAUCCCGAAAUGUUGCAGACAACAACUCGGGACUGAGAGAGUUAAUCUUUUACGAUCCUAUGCUCUCUCUCUCUCUCUGUCUCCGGUUAACAAAUUUCUUGGGGUGAAGGCACACGAUAAAUCAUAGACAUCUAUAUAUAUAACUGCUUUUUGACCCACGUAAUUUACGGUGCGAUAUGUCAUAUGAUACGUAUCUAGGACACGAUUACUGUUAAUAUUGAAGACUGAAAGUUGCAUUGCCAUCCUACUUCAGUCCAUCUAAUUUUAAGAUUGGAAGGUGAGUUAGAAAGCACGUGGAUUCGACGUUAAAAGUUACUUGAGUAGACGAUAAUCUGUCCUAUAAAGAGAGUUGGUGAGUAUCCUUUGAUUUGGCGAAUUAAUACCCUGUGACAACUGCCUUCUAAAUGAAGCUUCUUUUUCAGUCCUUCACGGUUACUUUAACACGGAUAAUCCAUAUGGGUCCUCUUAGUAACAAAUAAGUUAUGUUAAUGGACUGAAUUCACACUUAGAUUUCCAACCCAUCACUCUAGCUUUCUCUAGUUGAGAAUAUGCGAGUGCUUAGAAACCGAUUUCGACACUUGAGUCCUUGGUGACGCCAUGACCACACAAGGAUGAACUGCACUAAUUCGCCUCUUCAAAUCGAGAGGAUGUCUAUCCAUAUCGAAGGGCUACGUGCGCGUGAUACUCGGCAACAACAAAAAUGAAUUUGCCGAGAAGAGACGUGAACGGGUCGUGGUGCAGGACAAACGAACGCCGCACCUACCUAUGAAACUUUCUUGCAACUUAUAACUAGUAAAAGAAGAGUGUGCCGUGUGAAUCAUGCAUACCCUUUUUCUCAUACUGUACUUUUUUUGUCCCCAGCUCAUCAUGUGAAUAGUUUUGGUGGUUUUGCGCGCAUAGGAUUUCUCUGUGCUCAGCACUUUGAGUUAACCUUGCCUCUUGGAUUUGUUUGCUCUCUCUUCAGUGUACAAAAGUGUCUGUUUUCACUUUUGGCUCGUUAAGGAGUCAUGAAUCACAUGUUGGUGGAGUCUUACGGUGUUGUGAUUCAUAGUAUUAUUGCCAUAUGAGACCAGACUUCUGCAUGAACUGGAAACUAAACUUGAUUCUCUUGAUGGGAUAUGAAUAUAAAGAUUAUACGAGAUUGUUUAUUGACCUAGAUUUUAAUGUCCAUUAUACAAUCCUUGUUUAUUGCCUAACGUUUGUAACUUUAUGCAAGCCUGCACGGAUCUCGAGGAUUAAGAUUGUGGGCACCUCGAUAUCAAUGUCGUCGAGGAUUCGAGUAACAUAGCGUUUUGAUUCUCACCACUGACGAACCGGCUUUACUUAAAUGGAGCAUCAUUUGUUUAAAAGCUUUCACCAGAAAAACAGCAUCUAGAUUAAAGCCCUGGAACUAGCGUUCCUUUAUGGAGUCAUCCAUGGCUUUAAUGUUGAUCCAGUAACGUACUAGGAAGAUGAUAUGCAAUAGGAAUUAGAGUAUCCAUGUGCACGUUCUUUAUAUUUUUUUAUAUAUAUUUUUAAACAUAUAACUCCUUAAAUCUCGCAGGUAAAGUAGAUCUUGAGAAGUACUAUGAUUGAAUCUAAGAUGGGAUUCCCCCAGUUACCCACGCAACAUCAGAACAUGGGAUCUUUCUCAACAGCGAGGCUGGAAGACGAUGGAGAUUCUAUCUUGGGCUCUUACUCUUCAUGGCUAAGAAAGCAACCGUCUGCCUUGUGCGCAUUUGAAGGAAUUAUGAAGAAAGCCAAAGGUAAAGAGAUCGCGGUGUUCUUGGACUAUGAUGGCACUCUCUCUCAGAUUGUAGACAACCCUGAUCAGGCGUACAUGACAGAAAAGAUGCGUUGUGCCGUACGCGAAGUUGCAGACUAUUUUCCCACUGCAAUUGUUAGUGGAAGGUGUCGCGACAAGGUAUUUGAAUUUGUGCAACUGAACAAUGUCGGUUAUGCUGGAAGUCAUGGAAUGGAUAUAUCCUUCCCAUUAGCCUCCUCGAAGAGCCAAGAUGGUAGGCAUCAAACCAGAGCUUUCGACGAAAAGGGGGAUGAAAUCGUUUGGUUCCAACCGGCUCAAGAUUUCUUAGAUACAGUUCAGGAGAUAAUGAGGCUGUUGAAAGAAAGAACUACAAGAAUAGACAGUGCCGUGGUUGAAGACAAUAAGUAUUGCAUAUCAGUGCACUACCGUUGUGUCCAUGAGAAGGAUGUUGGGAAACUUAAGCAGAUAGUAGAAUCUACAAUGGAAGCAUACCCAACAUAUAGAAUUACCUGGGGUAAAAAGGUUAUGGAGAUACGUCCUCCGGUUGAAUGGGACAAAGGCCGAGCCAUUGAAUAUUUACUAGAAAGUCUCGACUUGAAUGGCCAUUGUAACAUCCUUCCCUUGUAUAUAGGGGACGAUGAUACUGAUGAAGAUGCUUUCAAGGUUAUUCAAAAAACUAAACACGGUUUCUCCAUUAUAGUUUCUUCUGUCCCGAGGGAGACCACGGCCUCGUACUCUUUGCGAGACCCCAAUGAGGUCCAUUCUUUCUUGACACACCUCGCCAAGUGGAAAAGAAGCUCUUCUUCAAGUUAACCGCCUCGAUAGCUGAAGGCCACUAAGAGUCUGCAAACCGCAGAGUUGGUUCCAAUCCAUAUAGAAGCAUCGUGAAUUUGUCAAUGUUUUUGUUUGGCAAAUUUGCCUUCAGCGAAGGAUGUUCCUGGAUUUGUAAUUCAUACUUGGUAGCUAGCCACCCCACCACAAAUGUAACUUAGAGGGACAAAAGAGACCUCGCUACACUACUCACCAAUUAAGAAGAUUCCGCUGUACAAUUGGUGGCAUACGAUUUCCUUGGCAAUGUGAGUGAAUCUUGUAUGAUCAGCAGAGUCAGAGUUUAGGAGUUGAUAGAACUUUGUACUUCUUAUAGACUUGAUAGCAACACAUACCGUUCUAUUUGGGAAAA